ACAUUCCAUCCUCGAGCUGGAUUGGUAUCCCACGUCCAGUAUCGUACUCCUCCAAAUUCCUCCUAAAUUUAUCCGGCCUUAAACUUUUGGAUUUCUUUUUCGGUCUAUUGUUUCAAAUUUCCGAGCUCCAGAAUGUCACUGAGUAUAAAUGCCUCUCGAGGACUGCUCCUUCAAAAGUCUGUGGCGCGCAGUGCGGUGGGCAGCUGUGUGCGAUUCGCGUCGGGCUGUGAGAAGGGCGAGGGCGAGAAUAGGUGCCCCAAGGUGCUGACCAAGUUUCCCUGCGGCAAGCCGGCGUUGCAGGCGCCGGUCCAGAAGAAGCCCAAGGCCGUAAAGUCGGUGUCCAUGUGGCUGAACCCCUUCUGCGAUCCCGAGGACACGGCCUGUCCGUUCACUCCGCGCUUCGACGACAUCUACUACGUGGAGUCGGACAAGGCCAAGCGCAAGUACUGGCAGACAUGGGUGGCCUGCCCGCCCAUCCAGAUCAAGCCCAAGAAGAUCUGCUGCUUUGCCCAGGCCAAGCCGGCGCCGAUCAAGCGCCGCAAGCCCCAGUACAAGCCCUCGACCGCCUGUCCGCAACCUUGUCCGGACCAGAGGGAGCUGGAAUGUCCCAAGCUGGCGCGUCGCUGCCACCGCGAUGGUCGCAGACCUCCGUCUUGCAGGCGGGAACGUGGACCCCUGCUCUGUGUGAAGCCCCGGACCCCGUACCCCUCCUUCUCCGAGUGCCAGCGCCUGCGACCCGGCGCCCUGCCCCUGAAGGAGUGCACCUGCCUGGUGAAACCCAUGCUCUGCGAGCUUUGGGCCGAGUUCCGUCGACGGGCCAGCAACAAGGGCGGAAACUAAACACCAUCAAGCGGUUUGACAUUCUGGAGCAUUUAAAAUUUUUAUUUGUAAGAUGACAUCAAAAUAUAUUCUUCCCUGAGUGCCUGGAGGAUACCAAACGAUAUGUGACCAUCAAAACGGAUUCCUGGCCAUGUUCGUGAUGAGGGUCCAGAGCAGCGGACUGCAGUCGCUGUAGGUCCGCUCGCAGUCCGCUCCAGCACGUCCGGCAUCUCGGGCGUGCAAAUACUUGCCGGCCACAUUGUCCACGCUCGGUCUGAGAAUAAUUUCCAAUUUUAUUUGUUUCCCCAACCGAAUAAAGACUGUUCUUACACUA